CUCUUCUGCCCCUCUUCUUCUUCCUGCAUAUCCACCUCGCAGAUUAUCUUCAUUUAUCCCAUUGUCCUCUUGGGAUAAUAUGUCCCUUUUCAGCGAGUCUUCUGGCUUUUCUAGCUCCAACUCAUCCCACAUAUCACCAAACAUCUAUCGAAUCACUCCCCAAGCCACCACGAGGUUUCUCAACAUCAAUAAUGCAGUGGCAUUCAUCCGGCACAUGUUCGAUCAAUACCCAACUCACCAACAGCAUUACAUCUGCCUGAGCGAUGUGACCGAAACUCAAGCUCAAGAUCUCGCAAAAAAACGACAAGACCAUUCUCUUCCCUCGAUGAGGGUUACUUACUUCCCAGCGGACUCCUCACUCAUAAUAAAACUUGCUAGCCCUCUUCAUGAGAGAACAUGCGAUCUGUUCCACGAGAUCAUGAUACGCCAAUACACCGCGGCUGGAAUCACAUCGUCUAUUCUGAUGCCUUCCGGAACAGCAACACGGCAAAUGGUCGGUGGUGUCAGCAAACAGCCAGACAAGUCCUGGGUACCCUGGAAUACACGCAAUGACAACGAUUACCCUUCCUUUGUGCUGGAGGUUGGGGACAGUGAGUCCCUGGACCGUUUACGUCUUGAUGCGAGGAUUUGGUUGGAUACCAGCGGUGGCUGCACUCGUCUCGUUCUACUCGUAUCCGUUGAUAGGGCUAGGAGGACAAUCGUGUUCGAAAGAUGGCAGAGACUCGAAGAUCGCAAUCUACAAAACAACCAGCAGACGUUUACAGCACGGCGGGUGCAGAGGGUGACUGUGGACUACGCUCAUGGAAACGUGGUGGCAGGCGCGCCACUGUUGCUUCCAAUGGAGCUCAUGUUCGACUCUCUCCCCAUUGUCCCAGCAGACUCGCCUCCAGCCAAUACCCUUUUUGCAGUCCCCGCGGCUGAACUCCAGAAUUUGGCUGCACUUUUGUUCUGA